UAUUCGGAUUUUGGUAAGCGGACAUGUCUGGCUUUGUAAAAUUCAUCCGGACUUGCUUUUCGUCGCCGACUGUUAAGUCUACUAUUGACAGAACUCCAUCUCAAGAAUAUCAGGAGCUUGCCAGUAUAGAGAAACGAAUUCAAAAUCUAAUCGAUGAUAUUUCGCAAAUGUCUAGAGAGCUGAAACUCGACUAUCUUACUGAAGCAAUUUUGAGUUUAAGAAAACUAAUGUUACAAGUUAGAAGAAUGAGGAAUGGUUCGAUGGAAACGACUGACGAACGGAUGACUGCAAUUGUUAAGAAUUUAUAUCGUUACCGAUUCGUUGUUGUUCACUGUCAUCUUAUGCUCUACCAAGAACAUUUGUCUGAAUCUCCGAUUUUGGCUGAAAAGGUACAAGAAUUGCAAAGUACUACCUGGAUGAAACUGAGUCAAGCGAAUUAUCAGUUUACUAAUGAAGAAACUGAAACUGCGGAAAGAGACGUGAUGUAUGUGAAAAAUUACGUACAAACAAGAAAAUCGCAGAAGAAGACUGUAAAAGCUGUAGACGAAGGUGAAAAAUCACUCGCUCUCCUUCAACAACUCGUGAUACUGAUCAAAGCUUUAGAGAAUGGUUACCAUGUACCUCCAACUCUAGGACGUCCGAGAGAAUGCUGCUUCAACGAUGUGAAAACUCUUCGUAGACAGUUUCACAAGCUGCAAAAAAUUUCGAGAAGAGGAUCUAACACUGAAUCUAUUGACGACAUUGAGAAAAUUAUUGCUAUUAUCGGGCAUCAUAUCAGACCCGAUCCGAACCGGGUUACUCUAGAUUCUAGUGAAAUUAAACCGUUUAAAACCAGCGUGGGUGAUUUAGAUUUUGAUGAGAGUUUAAUAUAGUGUUAUCUUACACCUAAUAUUGUUCAUUUAAAUCUAUUUAUUUUGGAUUUAUGAUGUUGUAGUUUUGUUAGAGUGCUAUAUUAAACAGACGCAUGCGUAUAUAUAUAUAUAUACAAUAUAUAUAUAUAUAUGUAUAUAUAUAUAUAUAUGUAUGUAUAUAGUAUCAUUAUCCAUCUUCCAAAAUGAAUAAAAUAUUGUCUUCUACAUAAAACUACAAAAAAGAGAAAGAUUAUUUAAAAACUGGAAUA